AUGUCAGGGGUUCAUGUUCCAGUCGGUCACCCACCUGUGGUCUUCUGCACGCCAGGAAACAGGGAUUUAUGCGAGAAGACCGUUGCUCACCUGAGCUGGACCAUAGGGAAGGCCCGCUUCCGCACUUUUGCGAAUGGAGAGAUCUCCGUGAAGCUGGAGCAAUCCGUAUCCAAUUAUGACGUGUUCGUGGUUUGUGCGCGAGAUGACUUUGAGUGCGAGAUCAACUUCAUGCUCAUGCAGUUGCUGAUCAUGCUGGACGCACUGAAGUCCGAGUCGCCGCACCGUAUCACCGUGGUAUUGCCCUGCGUUGAGUAUGCCCGGCAGGAUAGAAAAUUCGAGGCGGGAGAAGCCAUCGCCCCGAAGCUCCUGCUGCACCUGAUGGCAACUGCAGGGGCUGACCGUUUCGUCACCAUUGACCUGCACAACCAGGCCGAAGCUGGCUUCAGCCCAGCACAGGCUGCGCUUGAUGAGCUGACCUGCGAGAAAUACCUCGGAGCAUUCAUUCGGGAAGCGAUCCCAAGCUUCAAACCAGAGGAGACAUUGGUGUGUGCCACCGAUGCGGGCGGCGCCAAGCGGACCAGGAAAAUGGCGGAUGAGCUGCAGGUCGGCUUUAUGAUGGCCGAUAAGUUCAGGCCCAAAGCAGGCGAAGUCGGCCAGGUGAAGAUCAUUUCUGACGCAUCCCUGAAUCCGUCGAACGUCAUAAUUGUGGACGACAUGUUUGACACCUGCGGCAGUUUGGUGAAAGUCGUUGAAGCGGUCCGGCACUUUGCGCCGGAGGCUCGGAUCUACGCUGUGGGCACUCAUGGUUACUUCUCCAAGGAUGCCAGCGAGCGAGUCGCGAAAAUGAUCACCGACCUCGGUUUGGAGUGGAUCGCGGUCACCAACUGCAUCUCCCAGAGAAUGCCGCUGCAGAAGUUCCAGAAGCUCGGAAUUGGAGACAGGCUAAAGGUUGUGGAUGUCUCCAGGUUGGUUGCUGGAGCCAUCAUUCGGAUUCACCUGGGAGCCAGCGUGAACCUGCCCAAGUUCCGACAGCUUGGGCCAAUGAAUCCAGAUCCACUGCUUGCAGAAGCUGCUUUUGUGCCAACGACACAAUACACGCUCCGAGGCGCCUCCGCACCGGUACCAAGUGCAGAGACGUGA